CCCGUCUCUCUCCAAACUUCACUUUGUUAGGAAAGAGAGAAAGCUCUCGUUAGUCUGUCUGAAAUCCCCCAACGUUUAUUUUCCGGGAAGAGAUAUUUCCCAAUUGAACUGUUACUUUCCUGGAAUACUUUCAUUUCAAAGUGGUUGCUCUUCUGCUUCCUAACCUCCCGUACUGGUUUGUAUGUUCUUUCAACUGUGUAUUUUUUCGAUAUAUAGACUUGUUUUGUAGUUUGAAAUUUUGCGGGUUUUCCCUUUUUUUUGCUGAUAACUUGGAUAUAGAGCUCUUGAGAUCUGAAACUUGAGGUAUGACCAAAUGGAUAUUGACAAUGAUGAUGGCUUGUAGUGUAAAUGAGAAGACGGGUUUGUUUUGGUUUGGCUUGUACUUAUGUUGAAUGUAUUGAAUUUUAAUUCGUGAGUAGAGACUGGUUUACUUCCAUUGUUUUGAGGGUAUAUUUCGAUCUGGGUAUCGAGAUUUUUAGUCUUUUGGUUGGUGGGUGUUGCUGUUUUGCGGAUUAGAGAUGAAAGUAGAGGUGGGUAUCAGUGGUAUGGGAUGGAAUGAGGAAGAUAAGGCCAUAGUUAAAGCAGUUUUGGGUACUAGGGCUUUUGAUUACUUGAUUUCGAGCUCGGUUUCAGCAGAAUGCUUGUUAACGGCAAUGGGGAAUGAUGAAAAUUUGCAGAAUAAGCUUUCAGAUCUCGUGGACAGCCCAAACGCGGUCAAUUUUAGUUGGAAUUAUGCGAUUUUUUGGCAAAUUUCGCGAUCUAAGUCUGGUGAUUUGGUUCUGGGAUGGGGUGAUGGUUCUUGUAGAGAACCAAGGGAGGGAGAGGAGUCUGAAGUUACCCGAUUUCUCAAUCCUCGGCUUCAAGAUGAGACCCAACAGAGGAUGAGGAAAAGGGUGCUUUAUAAAUUACAAGUCAUGUUUGGGGGAUUAGAUGAGGAUACUUAUGCUUUCGGAUUGGAUAGGGUGACAGAUACUGAAAUGUUCUUUCUUGCGUCGAUGUACUUUUCAUUCCCUCGAGGGGAAGGUGGUCCAGGGAGGUGUUUUGCAUCCGAGAGGCAUAUAUGGCUCUCGGAUGCUUUGAAGUCCUCAACGGAUUACUGCAUCCGAUCAUUACUCGCAAGGUCUGCAGGUAUCCAAACUAUUGUUCUGAUCCCAACUGAUAUUGGAGUAGUUGAAUUGGGAUCAGUGAGAUCCAUACCUGAAAGUUUAGAGCUGUUGCAGUCAAUAAGAUCCUUGUUCUCGUUUUCAUCGCAAGGCAGGUCGAAACCAAUGGUAGCCUUGCCGGUGAUAACUGAGAAGAAGGAUGGAAAUGCUCAGCUCUCUAAUAUGUGUAUUGGUGGCGAGCGGCCAGAUGGAAUUCCAAAGAUUUUUGGGCAGGAUUUGAACUUGAGUCGUCCCCAGUUUAGGGAAAAACUUGCUGUUAGGAAAGCAGACGAGAGGUCAUGGGAAGUGAACUCAAAUGGGAACAGGCUACAGUUAACAAAUACUAUAAAUGGUCUUCAUGGUUUAAAUUGGGCACAUUUCAAUGGGGUGAAGCAGGGAGGCACAGUAGAGAUUUACAGUCCUCAGACCCCAUCAAACCAUUUACAGGAACCCAUCAAUGGCGUUAGGGAAGAAUUCCGGCUUAACAAUUUCCAGCCUCAAAGACCAGCACAAAUGCAAAUUGAUUUUACUGGGGCCACCUCAAGGACUAUCAUUUCCCAGAGUGCUGAGUCCGAGCAUUCAGAUGUUGAGGCUUCAUGCAAAGAAGAGCGAACAGGCCUGGCCAAUGACAAGAGGCCUCGAAAGCGUGGCCGAAAGCCUGCUAAUGGAAGAGAGGAGGCCCUCAAUCAUGUGGAGGCAGAAAGGCAGAGGCGCGAGAAGUUGAACCAACGCUUCUAUGCAUUGCGAGCUGUUGUGCCCAAUAUCUCCAAGAUGGACAAAGCCUCCCUGUUGGGAGACGCGAUUGCUUACAUAACUGAUCUUCAGAAGAAGCUCAAGGACAUGGAAUCGGAGAGGGAAAGACUAGGAACCACAUCAAGAGAUGAAUUGGCCUUUGAAGCUAAUUCAAAUUCAGAAAGUCCUGAUAUUGAAAUUCAAGUUGUCCAUGAUGAGGUUAUUGUAAGAGUGAGCUGCCCUUUGGAUACUCACCCGGUAUCAAGAGUCAUUCAAGCUCUCAAAGAGGCCCAGAUCACAGUUGUUGAGUCAAAACUUGCGACAGGGAACGAUAAAGUGUUUCACACGUUUGUCAUCAAGUCUCAAGGAUCAGAACAACUGACAAAGGAAAAAUUGAUUGCAGCAUUUUCCCGUGAAUCCAACAUGUCAGGGCCAUUGUCAUCGGUUGGGUAAUAAGAGGAUUGAUUAUAUUUAGCAUAGUUUGGAAGCAUAAUAUGUAGUGAAGAACCCCUUUCAAAAAUUUCUGCGGAGGUCUUGAUAUACAGGGUGCAGCUAGAAAUAGAAAAAUAACUUCCUAUUGACCAAGUAGGAUAGCAAAUUUUCUGUUUUUGCUUAUAGUAUAUGUAUGAUGUCAAGAGAAAGUAUGCUGGCCAGAUGAUUUAAAUUUGUGAAUUUAACUGGCUCUGCUAUUGUUGCUUGUUUAGAAGCUG